AGCGGCAGCAGCAGCCCCAGCAUAAAACACUCCUGCUAUUUUCGAUUUGCGAGCAAAAAUCAAAGGCCUCAAUAAACUCUUUUUUCUCUUUCUUUCUUUUUCUUUCUCUUUCUUUACCCACCCACCACUGUCUCUUUAGCCCUCAUUCGCUCAGCUCAUCAGACCAGUCACUUUCUUUCCUUGUUGAAAAUAAUAAGCUUCUAUUCCCCACUAAAGUUUGAAUCUUUUUUGCUUAAACACUUCAUUUGUCUUCAAUGUUCGGUUGAUGUUUUAUCUGGGUUUUUCUUUCUUUGAAAAAUCGGCUUCACGGGUUCUUCUCUAAUGUCUAAAGGUUACUGUGACAGAUUUCCAGCUGUCAAUCUUGGCAUAAAGCUUCGUCAGUUUGUCUGCUUUGAACCCUCAAGGCCUUCUCGUUUUGGGUAAAUUUUUCUUGGAGGUGAAAGUUGCUUAUUUUUUGGCUUCCUGAGCUUAACUCGUCCUCGCAUUAGCGAACCAUGACUUGGGUUUUCACUUUUAACUCUCCUUAAAGCAGAGGCUUUGGUUGUCUGUAAUUUGGAGUUUUUCUGUCUGAGAUUGGAGCUUUGGCGUGAACAAGGGUGAGAACUAAGAAGAGGUUACAACUUACAACAGAAAGAGGGAAAAAAAAAAAAAAAGUAAGACGUGUAGGAGGUUUCAUGUGAAAAGCAAGAUAAACCGAAGGGAUUGGUUUUUGUCAGUAUGUGUGUGAUCUGCAAUAACCCAUAGCUUUGGUUAAGCUAUUUUGGCUCUACAUCAAAUUUGAAGGUUGAGUCUUGAAGAUUAUUAGGGUCCUUUCACAGUCUAAGACACCUAGGACAAAGGAAUCUUGUGGUUACCCAAGAUCAUCGUCAGUUUCAUGUUUUCUGAUAUCACUAGAGAACAAGUCUGGGGAGAAAACAAGGGGAAAAAGGGGCCUUUGCUUCAGAAACUGUUGGUACAUAUUGUGGUGCUGCUGAAUUCUCAGAGUUUCUAUAAUUCCGUGGAAUUGUACAUUGUGAAGUAUUGAGUUUGCGGGGUGGAAGGAAAAAAUGGCUAUGGUGGCACAGCAGCACAGGGAGAGUAGCAGUGGGAGUAUUAGCAAGCAGAAUAGUAGUAUUGAUUCUGGAAAGUAUGUAAGGUACACUGCUGAGCAAGUUGAGGCUUUGGAGAGGGUUUAUACUGAGUGUCCUAAGCCCAGCUCGUUACGUAGGCAGCAGUUGAUUCGGGAAUGUCCGAUUCUGUCAAACAUUGAACCUAAGCAAAUCAAAGUCUGGUUUCAGAAUCGCAGGUGUCGAGAGAAGCAGCGAAAAGAGUCUUCUCGGCUCCAAACUGUAAAUAGAAAGUUGACUGCAAUGAACAAACUAUUGAUGGAAGAGAAUGAUCGCCUGCAGAAGCAGGUCUCACAGCUGGUCUGUGAGAAUGGGUAUAUGAGGCAGCAGUUGCAAACUGCAUCUGCUGCUACUACCACUGAUGCAAGUUGUGAAUCGGUAGUAACCACUCCUCGGCAUUCUCUAAGAGAUGCUAACAACCCUGCAGGACUAUUGUCGAUUGCAGAGGAGACCUUGACAGAGUUCCUUUCAAAGGCUACAGGAACUGCUGUUGAUUGGGUGCAGAUGCCUGGGAUGAAGCCUGGUCCGGAUUCGGUUGGGAUCUUUGCCAUUUCACAUAGUUGCAGUGGAGUGGCAGCUCGAGCCUGUGGUCUUGUUAGUUUGGAACCAACAAAGAUUGCAGAGAUCCUUAAAGACCGCCCAUCUUGGUUCCGGGACUGUCGGAGCCUUGAAGUCUUCACUAUGUUUCCUGCUGGAAAUGGAGGGACAAUUGAACUUGUGUAUACUCAGAUAUAUGCUCCGACUACAUUGGCUCCUGCACGUGAUUUCUGGACUCUGAGAUACACAACCACCUUAGAGAAUGGUAGUCUUGUGGUUUGUGAACGAUCUCUGUCCGGUACUGGGGCUGGUCCAAAUGCAGCUGCAGCUUCUCAAUUCACAAGAGCUGAAAUGCUUCCAUCUGGUUAUUUGAUAAGGCCAUGCGACGGUGGAGGAUCAAUCAUCCACAUCGUUGAUCAUUUAAACUUAGAGGCAUGGAGUGUGCCAGAGGUGCUGCGACCACUUUAUGAAUCGUCAAAAGUUGUGGCGCAGAAAAUGACCAUUGCGGCCUUGCGAUACGUCAGACAAAUAGCUCAGGAGACGAGUGGUGAGGUUGUAUAUGGCCUGGGCAGGCAACCAGCUGUGCUUAGAACAUUUAGCCAGAGAUUAAGCAGAGGCUUUAAUGAUGCCAUCAAUGGAUUCAAUGAUGAUGGCUGGUCAUUGUUGAGCUGUGAUGGCGCUGAAGAUGUGAUUAUUGCAGUUAAUUCAACCAAGAGCCUGAGCACCUCAUCCAAUUCUCUUUCCGUGAUUGGAGGCAUUCUCUGUGCAAAAGCCUCCAUGCUACUCCAGAAUGUACCUCCUGCCGUGCUGGUUCGCUUCCUAAGGGAACACCGUUCAGAGUGGGCAGAUUUUAAUAUUGAUGCCUAUUCUGCUGCUUCUUUGAAAGCUGGUUCAUAUGCAUAUCCUGGAAUGAGGCCAACUAGGUUUACUGGAAGCCAAAUUAUUAUGCCCCUUGGCCACACAAUCGAACAUGAGGAGAUGCUUGAAGUAAUACGACUUGAAGGGCACUCUCUUGGGCAAGAAGAUGCUUUUAUGUCAAGAGACAUUCAUCUCUUACAGAUGUGCAGCGGAGUUGAUGAGAAUGCCAUUGGAGCCUGCUCUGAACUCGUUUUUGCUCCAAUUGAUGAAAUGUUCCCAGAUGAUGCCCCACUGCUACCCUCGGGUUUCCGAAUCAUUCCUUUGGAAUCAAAAUCAGGUGAUGCACAUGACACAUUACCUACAAAUAGGACACUGGAUCUGACCUCAAGUCUUGAAGUUGGCCCGGCUUCAGCCACCACUGCAGCAGAUGCAUCCUCAUGUUACAAUGCGCGUUCAGUAUUAACUAUUGCCUUCCAGUUUCCCUUUGAAAACAAUCUUCAAGAAAAUGUUGCGACCAUGGCACGCCAGUACCUUCGAAGUGUGAUUUCUUCUGUACAGAGGGUUGCCAUGGCUAUUUCCCCAUCAGGAGUAAGCCCCACUGUUGGACCAAAGCUUUCCCCGGGCUCUCCUGAAGCUCUGACACUAGCUCACUGGAUCUGUCAGAGUUAUAGUUACCAUAUGGGGGCAGAAUUGCUGAGAGCUGAUCCUUUAAAUGGUGAUACAGUAUUAAAGAAUCUCUGGCUUCAUCAAGAUGCCAUUUUGUGCUGCUCGCUGAAGUCACUGCCAGUUUUCAUAUUUGCAAAUCAAGCUGGACUUGACAUGCUGGAGACGACCCUGGUGGCUCUACAAGAUGUCACCUUAGAUAAGAUUUUUGACGACACAGGGCGCAAGGCACUCUUUGCUGAAUUUGCAAAGAUCAUGCAACAGGGUUUUGCUUACUUGCCUGGUGGAAUAUGCAUGUCAACAAUGGGGCGCCAUGUUUCAUAUGAACAAGCCAUUGCCUGGAAAGUCCUUGCGGCAGAUGAAAAUACUGUCCAUUGCCUUGCUUUCACUUUUGUCAAUUGGUCUUUCGUGUAAAUGCGAGUACCAGCUAAUGAAACCGUCCUCUUUCGCUAUAAGAUUGCAUUAGAGCCUCGACAGAAAAGGUUGUUGAUCCAGGAAAGAGGAAGCUGAAAAGUUUUGUAAUAUUCAAUUCCCACCCCGUCUGUAUUGAUUUAUUUAUAAUUGUAACGUAUUUCUGCUCUUUAAGAUUUCUAUUUUAUCUUCAAUAGAGAAUUGCUUCCCUCGUUA